AUGGACCCGAGGCACUGUGAUUGGCUGUAUGCUCUGGCCUCCUCCUCUUAUUGGACGCCUCCUCGUCGAUGUGAACGUAGCCUUGAUCUUGGUGCAGCAGCACUGGCAGCAGUCCCUGUUGCAACUGAGCCAUGGGGGAUUAGAGGCUUCACGGAGCCUGGAGCUGCACAUGCAGCGGUUCUGCCAGGGCGAGUGGGGCAAGGGCCUCUGUUGGCUGCUGUGAGCGACGAUGACGAGGACACCAUCGUAUCUCUGUUUGAGAACGCAACAGCGUCAGUAGUGUCUAUUAUGAAUGUUGAAGUGAAUGGCAGCGGCAAGGGAAAGGGAGGAGCUGGAGAGGAGGUCAUGGAAGGAAUUGGCUCCGGAUUUGUCUGGGAUGAAUACGGUCACAUUGUCACCAACUACCAUGUGGUUGCCAAGCUGGCGACUGACACUUCUGGGCGGCAAGCCUGCAGGGUGUCUCUUCUCGCCCCAACAGGCGCCAUGCAGACGUACGCUGCUACUCUUGUCGGCACUGACCCCUCCAGAGAUCUUGCUGUACUCAAGAGCUGCUUCGCCAUUGGCAAUCCCUAUGGCCUGCAGCACACACUCACUGCUGGGGUCAUCAGUGGGCUAGGCAGGGAGAUUCCGGCACCAACGGGUGCUGCGAUCAGGGGAGCGAUUCAAACUGACGCUGCAAUCAACGCAGGUUCUGGCUCUUCAUCCGGGGUCAACUUUGCCAUCCCAGUUGACAUGGUCAGGAGAGUGGUGCCCCGACUUAUUGUCUAUGGUGCUCCUAGACCACCAGCUGUGUAG